GGAGACCUGCUGGGAACAGGGCUUCUCUUAUGACAAAUAUGUGUGGAAGGCUGUGGUACAUGGUCAUUUUUAUGGGCUGUAAGCAGGAUUUCCAGAACCAAAGGGAGCACACAACUCUUCUUAAAACUGACGGUUAUGCCUAAGAUGAAACAGAAUUCUAUCUAGGCAAAAAUUGUGCCUAUGUGUACAAAGCAAAGAACACCACAGUGACUCCUGGUGGCAAGCCAAACAAAACCAGAGUAAUGGGGAGAAAGGUAACUGGUGCUCAUGGAAGCAGUGACAUGGUUCGUGCUAAAUUCCAAAGCAACCCUGCUGCUAAGGCCAUUGGAUACAGAAUCCAUGGAUUUAAACUUAUUGAAAAUAAAUUAAAUGAUUUUAAUAGCCUAAAUAAAGGUAGCACUUUGUUCUUACCCCAACCAGAGAUUGUGCUCCAAGAUAAUCAUAAAUGUUGA